AUAACAGAUUAAUCACGACUUCUGAAUUGUAAAACGGUCAAUUUUCAGUUACUUUAGGCUGUUCAAAGUGAUGGCAUUUAACAUGAAUCGUUUCUUAAUAUUUGUGUAUAUGUGGAGGGUGGUUUAUGGCGUGGCUUCGCAGUGUUCAGUGACUGAAGUAAAGAGUCUCUUGGAGGGCUGCGAUAGACUGACAGGGUUGAAUGUCACCAGCGUUGGAGGAACCAUCGUUAACGACCACAACUGUGAUGUUCUGCUCCCGAAACAAGUUUUUAUGGAAGAGCCGUUGUUUCAGUACCCUUUAGCAGAUUCGAAAAAGUUUUACACCAUAAUUAUGGUGGAUCCAGACGCUCCACCUCAGUUAGAUGGAGAGUUCUAUUUGCAUAUGGUCAAAUCCAAUAUUCCGGGACUCGCAUUGAAAGCAAAAGAGAGCAGUAAGACUGUUGGAAUCGACUAUAGAGGAUACAAGCCGCCAGCGCCACCUCGCGGCACGGGCCCGCACCGCUACGUCAUCCUACUCUAUGAGCAGGCUGACGGCAACAACUUCUUGCCCACCGUGCCUUCAUCACGCCACCGAUUCUCUCUCGCCAAGUGGCUCGUAGGCAAGAAUCUCUGUGGACCAGUCGCCGGCAUUGAGUUCAAGACCGAAUUCUAGAUGGCGCUAGUAGUAGCAAUUCCAAUUCAUACUUGGUACAGGAAAAUUGUGAAAUAUACAAAAUCGUGGUUAAGUUUUUUUCUCUUAUAAUGUAAUGUAACUACGUAGUAGAUAUUAAUCAUAUUAUCUAAGUUAGAGUUAGAUUAUGUGUAAGUUGCAUUUAGUUAUUUUUAUUUUAGCAUUUUAAGUUUGUUUAGAUAUUUCAAUUUUAGUAAUAUUUACUGUUUCGUGUCAUUUAGAAUAAUUAAACAUACAUAUAUAGGGCUUUGAUUUGAUAUAGGUACCUUUUAAGCCCGACAUAAUUGUCUGUAUAAAUAAAAUAUUUAGAAGUUUGUAGAAAGCUAACAUUUAUGUGAUAAAAAUAAAUGAGAUCCAUGGAUAAGUGUUAAAUUCUUGUUAUAAUAUAAAUUGUUAAGUACCACCAAACUGUAGCAUUAUCUAUAAUAAGAAUUAAAUAUUCGAAUAAAUAACA